CCCUAAGCUAAUGGCGGGUCUGUUACCGGUAUUGGGCCGGAUCCUGAGGAUUCCGGGUGGUCAGCUUUGGCUUCACUUGCCUCGCGGUUUCGGGGUUUGGGGCCAAGCAGCUGGGACCGAGAGGGUCUUAGUGAGGCAACUCUGCGCGCAGCGAGAGAACCGGUGGCGGGCCUCAGGGCUCGUAGGCAGCUUCCUGGGAUGCCGGCUGCUGGGCACCGCCAUGCCGCCACCCCCGGGGACAUCAGGACCCGAAGGGAAAGGCCGCGGAGACCCCACGCGCCCCUCGCAGCCCGGGCCUGUUUCCUGGAAGUCUUUAGCAGUCACAUUUGCUAUCGGAGGAGCGUUACUGGCAGGGAUGAAGUACUUCAAGAAAAAGAAGAUGGAGAAGCUGGAGAAGGAACGGCAGCGAAGCAUCGGAAAGCCUCUGCUUGGGGGACCGUUUUCCCUCACAACUCAUACCGGAGAGCCAAAAACCGACAAGGACUACCUGGGUCAGUGGGUGCUGAUUUAUUUUGGUUUCACUCAUUGCCCUGAUAUUUGUCCAGAAGAACUAGAAAAAAUGAUUCAAGUCGUGGAUGAAAUAGAUAAUAUUCCAACUCUGCCAAAUUUAACUCCACUUUUCAUCACUAUUGACCCAGAAAGGGACACAAAAGAAGCCAUCGCAAGUUAUGUGAAAGAAUUUUCUCCCAAACUGAUUGGCUUGACUGGCACAAAAGAAGAGAUCGACCGCGUGGCCAGAGCUUACCGCGUGUAUUACAGCCCGGGCCCCAAGGACGAAGACGAGGACUACAUAGUGGAUCAUACCAUCAUAAUGUACUUGAUUGGACCAGAUGGUGGAUUUCUAGAUUAUUUUGGCCAGAACAAGAAGAAUGCAGAAAUAGCGGGUUCAAUUGCUGCGCACAUGAGGGAACACAGGAAAAAGAGCUAGCCAGGGCAGCGUUGCCAGGGCAGUGUUCUCCUGCUAAAGAGGAAGGAAGCUUUGUCUCCCUCAGGAGAAAACGUAUAUGUACAUUUAUAUAUGCAACCUACAGAAUGGCCUUAAUACCAUGAGAACAUCUGCGUUUUGGAUAGGGCACGCUACCCUUGGGAUCCGCCAGCAUCAGCGCUUGGAACUGUAAUGAUUACAACCAGAAGUCUCCCAAAUAGCCAUCGUGAGACCAGAGGACCAAGUUAACAUGAAGCCAGUGGCAUGGGCCUCGGGGAAGACACUCCGAGGGGGCGCAGCCUGUGUGCUCCUGCGCGUGAGCGGGCCCUUGGCCAGCGUCGCUGCCUCGCCAGUGUCAUGGCCCCUUGCUCAUCAAGCUGUGGGCCUGGGUUUCCAGGAGGACUGUCAUUUCCCCAGCUGUGCUGCUUCCCCUUCGAGCACUGGUGGCUGAUGCGUUAGGCUCCUGCUGUUCAGUUAAGCUCUGUGCUUGAACACCGAGUGUGGGCGUCCUUAAGGAAUAUCACCGUCGGGCUUGUGCUGGGGUUUCCUCUCAGCAGGUGCUGAUUUGACCGAUGAAGAGGGAAUCUGCUGUUUGGGGAAACCAUCAGAUUAAUUUCUGUAGGAAUCUUUCAUGUGAUGUUUGGCCAAAGGAUGUGUUAGGUUUUUAAUGACAUAUCAAAUGGGAACAAGGGAACCUUGAUCAUUAGUGUAAUGCAGAGUACUUGUCUGUCUAUACUGGAUUGCACUGUGUGAAAAAUAAA